AUGGAGGAAACAGAAUCCAAGCACUGCAGUAGUGACAAAGAAGCAGCUUUCAAAAGAGAUCUGCCAUACUGCAUAGGAGAAAUCGACUUCACAGCUUCUGGGAAGAAACAUGGAAAGUUUAUUAAGGUCCUGUGUACCAUUCAUCCUGGCAUUAUAUUCGAAGUUAUGCUCAACAAGUGGAAGCUACCUGCUCCCAAUUUGGUUGUCUCUUUAGUGGGGGAAGAAGAAAAUUUCCAGAUGAAACCUUGGCUACGGGACACCUUAAAAAAAGGACUUAUAAAGGCAGCUCAAAGCACAGGUGCUUGGAUUUUUACCAGUGCUUUACGUGUUGGAAUAACAAGGCACUUAGGGCAAGCAGUCCGAGAUCACGCACUGGCUAGUACUUCAUCCAAAGUAAGAGUGAUUGCAAUUGGAAUAACUUCCCUGAGAAAAAUUCAGCACCGAGAAAUUCUGGACAACGUAAAGAAUGAAAAUCCUGUGCACUACCAAUCAGACGAUAACAUCCAAGGCCCAUUGUAUUCCCUGGACCACAAUCAUUCCCAUUUUAUUUUGGUGGAUCACAUAGCACCAGAUGAGCCAGAUGGAACCACUAAACUACGUCUCACUUUGGAAAAGCAUAUUUCAGAGCAGCGUACAGGGUAUGGUGGAACAGGUAGUAUUGAGAUCCCUGUGCUCUGCUUACUAGUAAAUGGAGGACCAAGCACACUUGAGAGAAUUUGCAGGGGUUUGGAAAAUUCUGCUCCCUGGCUUAUCUUAGCAGGAUCUGGAGGUACAGCUGACAUCUUAGCUGCAUUCAUGAACGAGCCGGAGCUUAUCAUGCCAGAAGUUGUUGAAAAGCAAUUCAAAGAGAAAUUCCCUGCAGAAAACUUCUCAUGGAAGGACAUUCUCCAAUGGACAGCAACAAUUCGGUACAUUAUUUCACAGCAACAUCUUCUAACUCUGCACAACUUUGAGCAAGAAGGUUCAGAAGAACUGGACACAGUCAUUUUAAAAGCUUUAGUAAAAGCUUGUAAAAGCCACAGUCAGGAGGCUCAGGAAUAUCUGGAUGAACUGAAGCUGGCAGUGGCCUGGAAUAGAGUGGACAUAGCUAAAAGUGAAAUAUUCAAUGGUGAUGUCGAGUGGAAGUCCUGUGACCUGGAGGAAGUUAUGAUGGAUGCUCUGGUCAAUGACAAGCCAGAAUUCGUAAAAUUAUUUAUUGACAACGGGGCCAACAUGUCCGACUUCCUGACGUAUAGUCGGCUACAGAGACUCUACUGUUCCAUUUCUCAGAAGUGUCUGCUCUACGAGCUUCUACUGAGGAAACACGAGGAAGGCAAGCUAACCUUGGCAGGGCUAACUGGUCAACAGCAAAAGGAGCUGAGAGAGACAUGCCCACUCUUCAGUCUCAAUGAGGUCUCUAGAGUUCUCAAGGAUUUUCUCCAUGAUGCAUGCAAAGGUUUCUAUCAAGAGCUAAGACAUGGAGGCAGGAAGAAAUCUGAUAAAACAAAUACAAAGCACUUACCUGGGCCAUUGGAUAUGAACCAGAAAAGCCAAAAUCCUUGGAGGGAUUUAUUUUUAUGGGCAGUACUUCAAAACCGGCACAAGAUGGCAAACUAUUUCUGGGCUAUGGGUCAGGAGGGUGUAGCUUCAGCUCUGGCAGCCUGCAAGAUCCUUAAAGAAAUGUCCCGCCUGGAGACAGAGACUGAAGUAGCACGUAUAAUGAAAGAGGCCAAAUAUGAGCAGCUCGCUGUUGAACUGUUUAGUGAAUGCUACCGCAACAGUGAGGAGAGAGCAUUUGCUCUAUUGGUGAGGAAAAAUCAACACUGGAGCAAAACCACCUGCCUUCACCUGGCUACAGAAGCAGACGCAAAGUCUUUCUUUGCACAUGACGGUGUCCAGGCUUUCCUGACAAAAAUAUGGUGGGGAGACAUGUCUACAAGUACAGAGAUCUUGAAGUUAAUCUGUGGAUUCUGGUGUCCUCUCCUAAUCUACACAAACUUAAUAGCAUUCAGGGAAGAAAAACAAUCAAAGAAUGAACCAGAGCCAUUUAGAGAGCUGGACAGUUUAGAUACAGAGAGGACUUUUUUUUUUCCCAAGGAAGAAGCUAGAGGAAAUGGUAAAUUAGAAAAGCAGAACCUUUCUGAAAACAUAGCGUGGGUGACAUUCAUGUUUACUCGCUGGAAAAAAUUCUGGAGUGCCCCUGUAACUGUAUUUAUGGGGAAUGUUAUAAUGUACUUCACCUUUCUGUUUCUAUUUACUUAUGUCCUUUUACUGGACUUUAAGCCACCUCCACCAGAGGGUCCAUCCAUUAAAGAAAUUAUACUUUACUUCUGGGUUUUUACUCUCGUCUUAGAAGAAAUCCGACAGAGUUUCUUUACAAAUAAAGAUACAAAUUUAAUGAAAAAAUUUAAACUGUAUGUAGAAGAUAACUGGAAUAAAUGUGACAUGGUGACCAUUUUCCUCUUCAUAAUUGGAGUGGCCUGCCGGAUGCUGAACUCAACUUUUCAAGCUGGCCGUACAAUACUUGCCAUUGAUUUCAUGGUGUUUACACUUAGACUUAUACAUAUUUUUGCCAUUCACAAACAACUUGGACCAAAGAUCAUAAUUGUGGAAAGGAUGAUGAAGGAUGUUUUCUUCUUUCUGUUUUUCUUGAGUGUGUGGCUCAUUGCCUAUGGUGUGACAACUCAAGCUCUGCUUCAUCCUGAUGACGGCCGAGUGGAAUGGAUAUUCAGAAGGGUGCUUUAUCGUCCCUACCUUCAGAUAUUUGGCCAGAUUCCCCUGGAUGAAAUAGACACAUCACGAAUGUAUCCUAGGAAUUGCACAUUUAAUCCACUGCAGAGUCUGCAGGAGAAUUCAGCAUCAUGUCCUAACAGUUAUGCAAACUGGCUUGUCAUACUUCUAUUGGUUAUUUUCCUACUAGUCACGAAUGUUCUCCUUAUGAAUCUCCUGAUUGCAAUGUUCAGUUACACUUUUCAAGUUGUUCAGGGAAAUGCAGACAUCUUCUGGAAACUUCAGCGCUACAACCUGAUUGUUGAAUAUCAUGGACGGCCUGCGUUAGCACCGCCAUUUAUCAUUAUUAGCCACAUAACUCUGGUUCUCAGGAAAAUCUUCAAAAAAAUGGAACACACAAAGGAACAUCUGGAAAGAGAUCUUCCAGAUGGCCUAGAUCAAAAAAUCAUAACAUGGGAGCUGGUGCAAAAAGAAAAUUAUCUUGUGAACUUGGAACAAGAGAGGAAAGAAAGCAAUGAAGAAAGGCUGAAGGUCACAUCUAAUAAGGUGGAUAGUUUGUCUAAAUAUUUUAGUGGAUUGAAAGAACAGGAAAAGCGAUUUAAAGUCAUAGAAUCCCAGAUUUGUUACUGUACAGCUGUCAUCUCCUCAAUGGCAGAUGUUUUAACCAAAAAUAACCUCUUGUGCAACCAACCAGCUCCAAACUAUAAAGGUUUGAUGAAUGCCAAUAUUGAAGUGCCUUUGCCAGAAAGAGGUGAAAGAGAAGAGCAUGCGGAUCAGUCCGAGACUGACAUCAUGUACAUCGAUAAUUAGAUGUUCUCAUUUUUCCCAGAUUAAGCUUUUUGUCCUACUGAAUUGCUGUAGAACUAAAAUUCUAGUCUCGUGAAGGUCAAAGACCCAGCUCCCAAAGCCCUCGAUGGAGACACAACCAUAUCUUCAGCUUAAUGUUAAGAACUGUUCAUGUUUGACACUACUGAGGACUUCUCAAGUCUUCAUACGCCAAUUUCUUUUUGCCUUUCUUCCCUCCUACUCCUAUGCUGGUUGGUCGGUCCUUUCUCCAAAACUGCCACAAAUCCCACUAACAACUUUCCUCUCCAGAGUGAAGCUACCACCUUUUGCUCUAAACACUAUCUGCCUUUAUUUCUCCAAAUACUGUACCCUCAAUCAAAUUCCAUCACCAAUUCUCACAUUUCUGUUUUCUAUCCAAGGGAAUUUCCCCGAUGAAAAGUGAUCAUUUCCUCAUUAAAAAACAGACGUCACCUCCUUGGCCGAGAAAGCGAACUCAUGUUUCUGGGUUCUUUAAAACGGAAUUCAGGAAAUAGUUUCUGCAGGAAGGGGCCUGGGAUUCUGAACUAUUGCAAUUCAUACAGUUCCUAGAGUUCUCAUAAUCCUCAAAUGACUGCACUCACCGUCUUCUCUUCCCACUUUGCCUUCUGUACUGUAUUCCUUUUAUGGCUGUUCCUUAAUGAGGGUUUUUCACACAUCCCCAGAAACUGGACUCUGGCCACAUGAUCCUCAAGCCUUUGGUGGCUUGCUCUCAGUUUCCAAAUCCAAAGCAGGUGACCCUCCCACGGUCAGGCCCUCCAUCCUCUGUUACUUGCCUUUUUGUUUUAAUGCCAGAUCAUAUCCGCUAUCAGCUUGCUGCUAUUAAAGAGACUUUGCUAUAUGUGUAACGCAAUGCAUGAAACAGCACAACGACAUCUUAUGCAGUUUUCUGAUUUCAUUCUAUUUUUCUCUUUCAAAGACUCAGCAAAAUCACUAAAACAGAUUUUCAAACAAGAAUGUGUAGCAAGAACUUUCCCAGAAACUAGGAACGUGGAUUGUUUAUCAUUUUCUGUAUUACUAUAACUAGCACGUCCUUAUUAGCAUAGAGAAGUUAGCUGGCUUUAUUAUAAUUUUGAGAAGAUACACAAAUAAAAUGAAUAUGAUUACUGUCCUUUAUAGGGAAAUUUCUUUGGACUAGCAUAAAUAGUGUUGGAAGGGGGAAACACUGGAUUAUGGUCUUUCUUACAGUAAGCUUCAACUGAACUUGAUUUGCUGAUGCAUAUCAUAACACCACUCCUACUCAACACAAGACUGCACUAAAACUUGCUCUCUCCAUUACCGGGUAUCUCAAUACAGAGAUGGGGGAGGUGGGUAUCAGAUCUGGUCAAAAAGCCUUUCAGUCAUGAGUCUCUCAUUCAUAUAAAUUAAUAUUUCAGUGAUGUCUUCAUAAAACAAGUGUUUGUUCAGCUGUGCCACAGACCUCUGUGGUCCCAUUAACAAUGAUAGAAUUUUGAUAGAAUUUUGGUACUGUGCUGUGCUGUUCUUCACCUUGGGAAGGAAAAGUUACAGAACCAGUAAAUUUGUAGCAAGCUACAUUUAAGAUUAAAUACAUAUCUUACAAUCAGCACACACGCUCUUCACAAUUACUUCCCUUCCAAAACUACUACUAUUUCUACUGUGAUCAGCAUUCUCAUUAUCCACUGGAAAUCAAAAUGACCUAUUUGCGUUUUUGGUAUGUCCCAUUCAUAGGAGCUGGUACAACUGAUGUACUUAGGAAUGGCCCAUUAAUUAAUGUGCAUGAAAAAAUAUUCUAAUAAUCAAACAUAUUCUGUUUUUAAAAUUAAAAAGUAAAUUUCAAAAGAUGGAGCAACAUCACUCAGGCUCAUUUUCCAUUAUUUUCUGCUGAUAGAUGAUGCACCUGUUCAAACACAAAACCCCAGAUGAUUCUGACCUGCAAAUCUGUUACUGGUAAGAUGCUGGCAUCCCCGUGGAGAAAAUAACUUCCCCAAAUAUCCUCAGGAGUGUGAGCAAGCGUAACCUAGCAAGAGAAAUCAAAUUCCAAAGAAGUAGUCUUUCAUUAUGCUAUUACAGGUGUUAGCACUGGGGCUGGUUAAUUUAAUAUACUGGCAAAAAAAAAAAAAAACAAAAAAAAAACCCCAGACCUAACUGAAUCCUGAAUUAAUCUGAGUUUCAAAUAAUGUAACCUUUCAAAAAAAUGUAAUCUUUCAACCUCUUAUAUAUAAAAGGAAAAAAAUCUUAACCAUUUACUAACAUUCUGUGGGGAAAAGCUACUACAUUUGAUAUUCAUUAUGGCGGUGAUUCAGUGAAGCUGUUUUUUUUGUACACUGCAAAAUCAUCUCAAUGUUAAAAAUAUCAAUUUCAAUCUCAAAUUUAAGAAGUUUAGGGAAAAGUUACCAGAGCAUAAGAGUAACACUGUAGAAGAUUUUCAAGGCAAUUUUCAAAUCAAACGAACUGAGUUUGUUAAAGCUCCUGUAGCUGCAUGAAUAUCAAUACGGUUCAAUGAGAUGCAGAAAUCAAGCUACAACUGAAAGUUUAUUGACAUCCAGAGAACAAAAAAAAGUAUCCAGCUCUGAUAAUGAGUACUUCAUUCCAUUCCAAUCCACACAACGAAUCAAUGUGUAAGCAGCGUCACCUGGAAUAGAUAUACUAAUGUGCAGGCCAAAAAUCAUCACAUCACACCAUACCACCAAGAGGAAAAGUUGUUGCAAAGUCUAACCUAUUCAACGUGGUGGGACUUGACCAAAGUCAUCCUGAAUCUGCUUUCACCAGGAUGUUUCCAAAGUUGUUCCUGUCCCCAGGAGACACUGAGUUUCUUUAUAUGUUUAUCAUAUAACACUACUGAAAUAAGUCAAGUAGUAAGACAACCUUAAAAAAAUUCAGUUUGCCAGUUCCCACCUGUGUCCUAGAAUGUAUUUAAAAAAAAAAAAAAAGUGUGUGUGUGUGGGGGGGGGUUCCUUCCUGGGACAGGGCCAAGAGAAAUCGAAUCCAGUGGAAGACUAGGGUUUGUUUUUUUUUCCCCUUCCCAUUCUUUAAAAAUCUUUACAUAAUGAGCUCGUCACAUUUGUUCCAGGAGUCUACAGGACUAGGGGACAAGUUCAAAUUUGUGACCGAGUAGAAUGACUUUAUUUCAUUAUCCUCCUUACAGCCUUUAAGCUAACAACUUUCUCUUUGGUGUUCAGGACUACCACAGCUCCAGAGCAAGCCCCAGGGAGCUGUUCAAGUAAAGAAAGCAUGCUACUUUCUCUCCUGCUAAGGUGCAGUUAUCCUGUGCCCAGGGUCAAGAACAAAAAGUAUGGAAUGAACUUUGGGUAGCUUAAUUUCUAACAAUAUAAAAUGGACUUGGAUGCUAUGAUGCAAACUGUUAGCUAUCACCUGGUUUCCUGAUCAAAAAAAAA